AUGGAGAAUUUGGAAGAUAGAUUUCAUCCAGAACAGUCACAUUCUUCACUAUCUAUUGAAACAGUAAUGGAAGUAUGUGAAGAAGAAUCAGAAGAAUAUGAUAACGAAUUAACCUUGACAGCAGACAAUGAUUUAUCCAAAGUCGUUAGAGAUGUUUUAAAGUCAGAUCUUUACCAAGAAGCGUUAAAACAAGGAAACAACAAUGACGACAAUAAUAAUCCACCCAUAGAACCAACACCUAAACGAGUACCAAGAUGUUCGGAUAUCUGGUAUAAAUUAAUUAAACCUAUCUUUGAUAGUAUAAUGGAAAAAGCAACUUGGCCUAUGGCAAAGCAAGUCCUUAAGGCUUCUGUUGCUUACUGGCUUGCCUUUGUUAUUGACCUUAUUGUCCCUGCAAUGCAGGAAUUAGGCCCUUAUACCUUCUUGGCAGUCGUAAUGGUCUGUUACUUUCAACCUUCAAGAACAUUUGGAUCCUUAUGGGAGAGCGCAGGUUGGGGAAUCGUUGGAGCUUGCUUAGCUACGUUAUGGUCAUUUUUAGGUAUUAAAAUAUCUCAAGCAAUACGUGGUGAUGAAAUAUUUAGUAUUCCUGCUAUGUUAGUCAAUUUAUCAUUCUUGGCUAUUGGUACAUUUGUUUUAUCAUAUGAUAAAAUUAAAUGGCAACCUAUGCGUUAUGGAUCAAUUAAUGCUAUAAUGAUUAUGAGUCUUAGCUUGACAUUAUCAUAUGUUACACCUGAAAAUACAAAUCGAAUAUUGAAAAAUUUGCUUAUACCGAUGUUAAUUGGACCUGCAUGUUCAUUUGUGGUUAAUAUAACGUUAUGGCCAGAGAAUGCUACUACUAAUUAUAUACCCUGCCUUCAUAAUACACUUCAAAGUUUUAUUGAUUUGCUUGAACAUGAAACGAAUUAUUUUCUUUAUGAUCAUUCGUAUAAUAGGAAUACAAGGAAUAGAAUUUCCGAAUUAUUUCGAGUUGUACAAGAUAAUGUUUUUAAUCUUGAUAUAGCAAAAAAAGAUGCACAACAUGAAGUAUCAUAUUCAAAGAUUGGACCGGAAGAUUUAUUAGAUAUAAAUAAAAUAGUAAAAUCGUUGCAUAUGAUAUUAGAAGGAUUAGCAUUAAGUGGAGUUAUUGAAGAAGAAUUAAUAAAAGAUAGACGAGAAGGAACAAUUGAAAUUAGAAUUGAAGAUAAAUGUGAACAAGCAUCGAUUUUAGAUCAAGUAACUUUAAAUACAUAUGUUGAUGAACCAUCACCAUUAUCAGUUGGAACAUCAACGGGAAGUGAAGAAGAUUUAAAAAAACUUUUAGAAAUUAUUCGACCUAUUUGUAAGGAACUUUCACAAACAUGUCAAAUUUGUUUAGCAGAUUGUAUGAUACGUGUUGAACAUUUAAAACAUAAUUGUCGAGACCCAUGGUAUAGAAAUAUAUGGCCAUUUAAUCUUAAAGCGACACCAAGUCAUAAUCAAAAUGUACUUGAAGAUCCUAUGGGAGAUCUUCAAGCUGCUUUAACAAAAUUUGAGAAUGCACGAGUUGAAGGGUUAUAUAGAUUAUUUUCAGAUAAAGAAUUUAUUAGUCCAUUACCACAAAGAUCAUUACUUUUAAUACUUUUAUUCGAAAAUAAUCUUAAAACAUUUGCAGAAGAUUUAAGUUUAUUAGUAGGAACUAUAAAAAUAUUAGGAAAUCAAAGACAAUCCAAGAAAUUUUGGCAUCCACCAAUACCAUUUUUCAAACGUACAAGAGACGUAGGAGGAACUGAAGAAGAACAUUUAAAAUUUUUCGAAUCUAAUACUAGACAAGAUGAAAAAGAAGAGAUUGAAAAUGAAAUAUUAUUUGAUCCUGAUGUGACACAACCUACUACAAAAUUUCAACGAUUUUGGUAUAAAUUAUGGUUGAUUAGAAAUUGGUUUAAUAGUAUUUAUGCUAGAUUCGCAAUUAAAAAUGCAUUGUGGGCAGUCAUUAGUGCAGUUCUUUCUUUUUCACCUACUACUGGAGGAGCUGUACUUCAAUUUUUUGGUCGUCUUUUAGGAUCGAUUGUAGGAGCCACGACUGCUAUAAUCACGUGGGAAAUAACACAAGGCAACGUUUAUGGACUCGCAUGUUUACUUUUCGUAUUUUCAUUACUCCUUUGGUUCAUAUAUUUGAAUGCCAAAGUGUGGACAGUUGGAGGAGUUAUUAUGUUGGUUAAUUUUGCACUAGUCCUUACAAAUGUUUAUCAAGCUCAUAAUGGAAUGGGUAUUGUUAGCGAAACGGCCUUUAGUAUUGCGGCAAAGCGAACAAGUGCGGUAGGACUUGGUAUUACAUCAGUUUUCAUUAUGAAUAUGAUACCUUGGCCACAUACAGGAAGAGUUGAAGUUCGACGACGUCUUGCACGAACAAUAUCCGAUAUUUGUGUUUUAUAUUCAAUGACAAUUUCAUCAUUGUUACAUGAGAAAAUGGGUUCAAGAACAAAACCAUUCCGUAAAUUAGUUAGUAAAAUAAAUCGAUCAAUAACGAUAGAAAGGUUAUUACUCUCACGUACAAAAUAUGAACCACCACUUCGUGGAAACUUUCCGAUAGAAAAAUAUAACCGAAUUAUAGAAAUUGUAGAACAUAUGGUUUGUCUUGUUGGAGGAUUAGAACAUAUAUUAUGUGAAUUGAGUGGAACAGAAUGGAAGGUAGAAUUAGCAGAUGUAUUUAAUCCAACCAAAUGUCAUUAUAUAACACAUAUAUUAACAACAUUUCAUAUAUUAUCGACGGCAUUGGAAAACAAAGUUCCUUUACCACCAUAUAAUAUAAUUGCAUCAGGGGAUACAAAGUUUGGGAAAGUAGGAUUAGGUAGUAGGAUAUCAGGAAGGAUCAGGAGAACUGCAUCAGAUCUAACAAAAGAAGAUUUGGAAACUCAUGCAUUUGUUUGUUACUGUGCCUAUUUGAUAAAAACAAGCCAUCUUGUUAAUGAAUUGUUAAAACUAGUUUAUGUUAUUAAGCAAUUAGUUGGAGUUAACAAGUAUGUUAAGGAGUUGAUACAAUUUUAA